CCUCUCUCUCUAGAACCAUCUCCGUGGCCCAUUUUUACCAUUGUGCCCUUUUACUCUCGUCUUCGCCAUCUUCUUCUUCUCCUUCUUUCGGGAAAACCCUCGAGUCCGAUUCGAACUCUCUAGAACCUCGGCACCUUCCUCACUCACGCCAUUUUUAGUAGCUUCCAUCCAUAUCUCUGUCUCUCUCUCUACCUUCAAACUGUUCUGCUUUGUGAGCUCUCUCUCUCUCUCUAGACUCUUCUUUGCGGUCUGAGUUGAGGUAAGGAAGGACGGAAAUGGACGAGGACUUCGACAUGCCGCCGGCCGACGAGAUGAUGGACGACGAGCUCGGGAUCCCUGACGAAGGCCCCGCCCUCAAGGUUGGCGAGGAGAAGGAGAUCGGCAAGCAAGGCCUCAAGAAGAAGCUCCUGAAGGAAGGCGAGGGCUGGGACUACCCCGAGAAUGGCGACGAGGUCGAAGUUCACUACACCGGCACUCUCUUGGACGGGACUCAGUUUGACUCGAGCCGGGAUCGGGGGACGCCGUUCAAGUUCACUCUCGGCCAAGGGCAAGUUAUUAAAGGAUGGGAUCAAGGUAUUAAGACAAUGAAGAAAGGGGAGAAUGCCCUUUUCACCAUUCCUCCUGAGCUCGCCUAUGGCGAGUCUGGGUCGCCUCCAACCAUUCCCCCCAAUGCCACCCUGCAGUUUGAUGUUGAAUUGCUGUCCUGGACAAGCGUCAAGGACAUUUGUAAGGAUGGAGGCAUCUUCAAGAAGAUUCUGACUGAGGGCGAGAAAUGGGAAAACCCUAAAGAUCUUGAUGAAGUGCUAGUUAAGUAUGAGGCUCAACUGGAGGAUGGCACAGUUGUUGCGAAGUCUGAUGGAGUGGAGUUUACAGUUAAGGAAGGUCACUUCUGCCCAGCAUUGUUAAAGGCUGUGAAGACAAUGAAAAAGGGAGAGAAAGUGCUGUUGACAGUGAAGCCACAAUAUGGAUUUGGUGAGAAAGGAGAGCCGAAGCAUGGAGUUCCCCCGAAUGCUGUUCUUAACAUUACUUUGGAGUUGGUAUCUUGGAAGACUGUGUCUGAAGUUACUGAUGAUAAGAAAGUUAUUAAGAAGAUCCUAAAAGAAGGGGAGGGAUAUGAGCGACCAAAUGAAGGAGCUAUAGUUAGAGUGAAAUUGAUUGGCAAGUUGGAGGAUGGCACAGUUUUCGUGAAAAGGGGUCAUGAUGAUGGAGAGGAGUUGCUCGAAUUCAAGACUGAUGAAGAACAAGUAAUUGAUGGUCUAGAUAGAGCUGUGAGGAAUAUGAAGAAGGGAGAGGUGGCUCUGCUGACUGUUGCACCCGAGUAUGCCUUUGGAUCUUCCGAGUCCAAGCAGGACUUAGCUGUGGUCCCUCCUAAUUCUACUGUGCACUAUGAGGUGGAGAUGGUAUCUUUUGACAAGGAGAAGGAGUCAUGGGACAUGAAUACUCCUGAGAAAAUUGAGGCUGCAGGAAAGAAGAAAGAAGAAGGGAAUGCUCUCUUCAAGGCUGGGAAAUAUGCAAGAGCAUCCAAGAGAUAUGAAAAGGCUGUUAAGUACAUAGAUUACGAUUCCACAUUCAGUGAGGAAGAGAAGAAACAGGCCAAGGCCCUGAAAGUCGCCUGCAAUCUGAACGAUGCUGCAUGUAAGCUCAAGUUGAAGGAUUACAAGGAAGCAGAGAAACUCUGCACCAAGGUGUUGGAGCUUGACAGCAGGAAUGUGAAGGCCCUCUACCGGAGAGCACAGGCAUAUAUCAAUCUCGCUGAUCUGGACUUGGCCGAGUUCGACAUCAAGAAGGCCUUGGAGAUUGAUCCAGACAACCGGGAAGUCAAGCUGGAAUACAAGGUGCUGAAGGAGAAGGUUAAAGAGUACAACAAGAAGGACGCUAAAUUCUACGGAAACAUGUUUGCCAAGAUGAGCAAGUUAGAUCCUCUAGAGUCUAAGGAGGCAGCGGCCAAGGAGAGUGAACCAAUGAGCGUAGACAGCAAGGCAUAAGAAGAGAGGGCGCCCCAUUGCCUACCCUUUGGGUUUUUUUUUUUUUUUUAAUUGGUCUAUCAUAAUUAUGAGGAAGAUACGGGUUGUGAUGGAUUCGUCAAAUUUCCAGCAUGGACUUGCGUUAUCUGGAUUUGCAAUUAAUCUUUGUUGCUGGAUAAUGGAAUGACAUUUGAGACCUGUGUGAAUCGUGUUUGUGCUGUAUUUUAGGCU